GACAAAAACAUCUGCUGGCCACACCCAGCAGUGUGAGCAGCCCCGCCUGCAUCCUCAGCAUGCAGGCUCAUCCCAUCCUGGCACCUCUGCUGAGCUCCAUCCUGAUGGAUCAGGGUCCUUCUCUUGCAGAGGGUCAGGACAAGGAAGAUGACCCGAGUGAGGCAGGAGGGUCUCUCCUGUCCCUGCUAGGGUGGAAUGGGCUGACAAUGGCAGUGGGGCAGGGUAAUGCUGUUGGACAGAGAGAGGGAACAAUAGGGUAGGAUCCCUGAGCACAUCCCCUGGUAGAUACAGGUACAACCCGUUGUGCACAGUGCCACAGAGAACAGUGCAGGGAACAGCAGUGCAGUGCAGGCACAGGAUGUGGUUUGCACCUGUUGCUGGUUGAUUCGGGAAACAUGAAUUUUGCCUCCUGUUCUUAGGACACGUGUCAGAUAUCCUUUAAGAUCUCGUGGACCAGUACAGGUUCAAAUGCCACCCUUUCCCAGCUCUUCUCACAACGCAUUGUUCAGUGACUUGCUUUGCCACCCCCUUUCCUGCCAGGACUCCCAAGCAAAGCAACCCCAGGGAUGGUCUCUGCUCCAUCUCUCUUAAAGACACACUCAGCAGCUUUGGUUGCUAGUGAGGAGUACAGACAUGCUCUGAGACCCGCGUUUGUGCUCGCAGUGCCUUGCAAUACAACUCUCCACUGGUGGAAAAAGUGAUUGCUUUUCUUAGCUCCUCUCAGCAAGCACAUGGCAUCAAACUCAGCAAGACUGCAGUGCACUUUGCUGUCACCUCUCUCAGCUGCUGAGCUGCCCUGCCAAAAGGGUUGAACUUCGCCUACUGCUUCUCAGAUUUCACCUUGUCCUUUAUUCUUUGCAUGUGAGAUAAUAUAGUGUAAGAAAGGACACCUUUUGCUUUUAAGCAAAGGGCCGAACCCAGGAGCCUGACCUGAAUUAUCAGCAUAGGCUGUUUCUCCUUUCUCCUAACACUCCCUUCUGGCCCAUGCUGGGCCUUUGUUGAGCCUGCCAGGCUCAUAACUCCUUGCAGGACAGGCAGUCCAGACAUUUCUGAAAAAGGCUUCCUACAGUCACGGGUAAUAAACAAUAUCAGAGAGGAGAGUAUUCAUUUAAUAGCAUCAACUAGGAAAAAACCUAAAACAGUAAAUAUCUGUCUUUGGAGGCAAAUGGACCAAUCUUUUGUUACCACUCCUGUCUCAGGCAUUCAAUAUUUCCCAUUUCACAGUGAGCACACAUGGCACGUUACAAAAGGUGCCUAUUUGGUCACAUCUACACUAUAUUUUCCUUGCUGAAAUUUCACUUGACUCAGCCUCCUUCCUCUAGCUGGGGCAGAGAGCCUGUAGUGGUACUCUCCAGUCACUGGAUUCUUUGAGUAAGGGAAUGAGCUGUGGGCUCUGCCUGCCUUUUCUGAUCUCUCUCACCCUGCCCUUGAGCUCUGCUCAGCAUGGUCCAUGCCCAGCUUGGAUGUGGGUGCUCUGUCAGCCGCUGUCUGCCCCUGAUGGGGCACAUCUGGCAGGACAAAGGGCACAGGGGAGCCUGGGAGGAAUUUAAAAAGUGAGACCAAAUAAUCACCUCCAUUCCUAAUUUCAGAGUAAUGCUGUAAGACCCAUGUUUUGUUCUCAAUGGCUUACAGUUCAGCUCUCCAAUGCAACUGGAAAAACAGUGGUUUUCUCUGUGGAAAUGGUGGUUGCUUUUUUCAGCUCCUCUCAGCAAGCACAUGGCAUCAAACACAGCUCGAAGGCUUGGGAAGAAAAGGAUGAGUUGCAGAGGACAGGAAUCACCCUGGUGCUUGCAGGGGGCCCUGUGGUCAGAGAAGAAGCAAGGAGGGAGCACAGGAGUUUGCCUGCAGGACUGCUUUUCUGUGUAGUCUUUGUGUCUGAAGGGCAGACACACUGCUGGCACACGUUUGUGUAGCGGCGAGGCGACAUGGUCAGUGCCACUCCCUUCCCUGCAAGCAUCCUUGGAUGGAGAACCUUUGGGAAGGCUCACAAUAUUCACACGUUCAAGCACACCACAGCUAGCAGGCAGGCGAGACACAGGAGGAUCUUCCCAAUGGGGUUCCAGCAAGGUUUUUUUAAGGUCCAGCACUGAAGGAGUCCAGGGACAGAAGACAACAGAUGGUAGAGGGUCCAGGGUAUAAAUAUGCAAAAGAGGAGUGGAAUUAAGCCUCAGGGACAAUCAACUGAGGACACAGAGGGGGUACAAAGGGCAGGAGACAAUAGGGAGUGCCAGGGUGGGCAGGCAGGGUUACAUUAACCAAUGGGGAAACAGGGAGAGGAGAACAUUCUAGAAAAAGAUCAUAUAGGGGUAAAAGGGGUAGGGACGGCCAAUGAGCCAAUGAGGAACACACAACUGGGGUAAAUCAGCACAGUGCUGCAGAGCACCGGGGGCCAACCUUCUGUCUCCCCCGAACCUAUGGGGGAUGCCUCCCGGGCAUUGCCACUAGCCUUUUCCCAACGGGCUCACGGGCCUCCACAGCUCCCCCUUCUUGUUUAAUUAAAAAGACUCCUCCCAUGGAUCUCUGCAGAUACUUAAUAAAACAUAGGAACCUAACCAGCACAACAACAAUCAUAAUUAAAACACAAAACAGUCCCUUGAGCAAGGAUGAAACCCACCCUGUGAGUCCCCCUCUUUCAAAGAGUUCAGUAAGUCCAUCAGUGGUUUUCUCAGUCUUGAUGUUUUCUAUGAGCUCUUCCAGCCUCUGGAUGCUCACUUGGACCAACCUUUAAUGUGAGGAUAAGUUAAAACAGCACAUCCUGACAAAGUCUUGACAGCCUGUUAUGGUUUGAUGUUGGUGCAAUGCUAGUGCUUUUAUAAAAGUGUAUUUUUUAGUGGUUGUGAGAUGUGACUAGGAAUAAAUUCCUUCAGCAUAGGAAUAAAGAAAAAAACUUUAUUAACUUACAAUAUAUAAAAAGGAAUAGAUAUAGAAUUUAGAAUGAAAAUCUUUUAAAACAUUCUUCCUCCUCCCCUCAGUUUCUACUACAGCAUGAAAUAAAACUUUAGAUAUUUAUUGCAGUUACCACCCCUCAGAUAAUCAACUUUCAGUUUUUCACUAUUCUUCAGACAAUCAACUUUCAGUUUAUCAAGGAGAGAGAAGGGUUUUUUUGUACUAUAGGCUUUUUUAGGAAACACAGUUGAAACUUUUUGUGUUUCUAUGUCACACAUGGCACCGCCUGGAAAACAUUUGCUUUCAUGACUUUUUUUUUCCAUGUCUAGUGCUCUCACUAUUGCGCAUGGACUAGAGUUGCUUUUAGGGUUCUCUUUUUAAGGAUGCCUUGUUCAGUUUUUAAAAAGCAACAGUCUCUUGUUUUUGGAACACCAGUCCCCCUCGAAUUCAUUUUUUUGGGCUGAGACGUUUUGAGAACAGAGAUCUUUUUUUUCACUGAAGACAGUGACUAUUCAAUAUUCAAAUUUGAGCACUGAUUAGUUUAACUACAACCUCCUAAAAAACUCACUUCUUUAUUAAACCAAAACACAGCUGUGUCCAUGGGCCAGCAGUUGGAAAUCUAUGGCUGCUGAGGCACUGGAUUUUCUACAUUGUCCAUGGAUAGACACAAACUGUCUUGUUGGAGGGCUGUUGCCAGAGUGACCCAGAUGUUUUGGGCUGACUGCAGGAGCAUCCGGAGUGUGGUGGUGAGUGGUUGGUAACUCAUGGUCAUAUCCUAGGAAAGAUGAGUUCUUCAUGUGAGUUUUAAAAGGAAAUGCAUAACUUUGUGACUUCUAUUGUCUUCUUCUCACAACACUCCUUCCUUUUUUCUGUUUUUAUGUUAGAGAGAUGUGAGAGAAGUGAAACUAGUGUAGCAACUUAGACGACAGCAUAAAAUAGCAGUAUUAUGAAAGAAAAGGAAGUUAAAAAGUAACAAGAUCUUAAGAUGGGAUAUAACUUAUCCCAUAUGGAAAAUCCAGGAGGCUGUCUCAUGGUCCAGGUGAGGCAGAGCUGAUUUCAGAAGUCAGGUCUGUGGAGAAUGUGGUUCUUUUCCUUCUUCUCUUUCUCCUUCUCCAGGCUGUAUGUGUCUGGUCUGUAUCUUCUUUUUCUGGAUCUUCGGGAAUUCUUCAGGUGUUGUGUCUGGUGGCUCUAGAUACAGCCUGAUGUUUUUGCCAGUUUGAAAAGACAGGUGGCUGCUAAGGAAGGCAGGAGCCUCUCCUAAAAUGGAAAAUGUAAACCCCUCCCUUCAAAUUCAUAUAAUUUUGAAAUUAAGGGGCUCUCAGGCAAAGAUAUGGGAGCAGGAAUAACAGUUCUUUAUUAGGGAAGAAAAUUUUAAAAAUAAAAUAAGCAAUACAGUAAUACAAAACAACACUGACAGAGUCAGAAUAUAACCUGACACCCUGUUGGUCAGGGUGCUGGUAGCAGUUCAAUUAAAUGGUGGCUGCAGUCCUCGUGGAGUGACAGAUGUAGUUCUCUUGAAGCAGUGAUCCCGUAGAAAGCGUGUAAUCUUCCUCUGAAGAUCCACUGGUGGUGUAGAUGGGCCUGGUCUUCCUCUAGGAAUCCAGUGGGAAAGGGCUGCUCCUCUGGAAAUCCAGCAGAAAAGCUGCCUGUGGUCUUCCAAAUACCAGAUUAUAUCCAGAUAGGAAUGCUUGGCUCCUCCCUCUGGGUGGAGCUUGUCACAAUGGGAUGAUGUAAUUUUAUCAGUCAUGCAGUGACACUCAAUGGCCUCUUAACAGAAGGUGUCUCCCCAAAGGGAGGAUUGGUUGUGGAAGAGAUAAAGAAAACUGCCCAAUUAACAGAAAAUAACUGCUCCACAGACAGGAAUAGAACACACACACACAUUUCGUACCUAGGACAGCCAGGGGUCCACUUUGGGCCUGAUCCUGUGGACACACAGGCAUACCCUCUCCCCCAAGUUAUUAAUGGGAAAGGGCCCAUUAUCCAUGUGGUUUCAGGGUCCUUGAUUAGCACAGGCAGCUUCUCUAUGAGCUGAGCUCUGGUAUUAUUUGAGACGUGCCUGAUGAUGGGGGGGAUUUGGCUCUGCAAAUGAAUUAUUAAGAAAAUUGAUGACAUAAAGAGCCUUGCACAAUCUUUCAAUGCUUGGUAAGGUUUCAAUCCUCCCACGCUGCUGAUCAAGGACCCACUUGAUGGUACAGUGGACCCUCUCUACGAUGGAUUGUCCUGUCGGGGAGUGGGGUUUGCCAGUGGUGUGCUUCACCCCCCACUGGCUAAAAACUGUUGGAAUUUCAGGGAAGUGUAAGCAGGACUGUUGUCAGUUUUAAUAUUUUGGGAAUGCUGAAGGUUGAAAUGUGAGGAGGAAAUGUUUGAUUACAUCUUUUAGCUUCUCUCCUGCAUGAGCUGAGGUGAAAACAGCCCCAAAGAAUGUGUUGAUGGACAUGUCAAUGUACUUGGGUCUCCCAAAGGGAGCAUAGUGGGUGACAUCAGUCUGCCACAACUGCAGACUUUCAAGGCUGUGGGGGUUAACUCUGGCUCCCAUAGAAGGCAGGUUAAAGUCUUGGCAAUUGGGGCACAAGCCAUCAAUUGCCCUGGCUUGACCUUGUGAAGUUUUAAACAUUUGCAUAAGGGCUGGAAUAUUCUGAUGAAAAAAUUGAUGUCUCGGCUUCACUUGGUUGAAAAUAUCAGGCAAAGUAGUUAGUACAGCCAUGGCCAGAGCAUCAGCCCUCUGAUUACCCUCAGCAAUGGGUCCUGGGAGGUCGGUGCAUGAUUUCACAUGCAUAAUAUGGUAUGGUUGCUCCCAGUGGGAAAGUAGAUAAACUAGUUUUGAGAGCAAGUCGUGUAAAUUUGGAUUGGAGACCUCCUUUAACAAAGAAUGUUCAGGUCUCUCAGCCACCCCCGUGACAUAGGCCAAAUCUGUGACCAGAUUUAGAGUCUGCCUGAACUUCUCAAAGGCCCUGACAACAGCUGCUAAUUCUGUGGAGAUCCCUGAAGAAUUCCGACAUCAGACUCCCACUCCUAAGUAUCUGGGUUCUUCCAAGUUAUAAAGGACUUGAUCCGCCUGAGCCAUUAAUACAAACUGUCAGUGCCUUCAGAGGAGUUCUACUUUUUAAUGAUUUUGAAACCAGAUUAAAGGUCGACUUAAAAAGUUUGUGUUUUGGGAAAUGAGUUGAAAUUUGACCUGAGUAGCUGUCAAGAGUAAACUGGAGGUUCUCGUUUGUCUGGAGCAAAGUAUCCAGAUCUUUUAAUGUCAAUAGUAGAAGUAUGCACAUGAAGUCACACCCUGCCAAGGUCCAGAGGCAUGCUCUGGCCUUUGUGAUGAGCCAAGCCAUCAGCUCUUGGGGUGUUGUAAUGGUUUUGACUGGUUGGUGGGAUUGGAACAUCUACUCUGUAAUUAAAAUUGGUCCUUCAAAGUAGGGUCCCAUUGAAAAUUAAUCCAUAGAAUUUGGGUGACUUGCCCAAAACUGCAAAACAAAAAAGCAGGCUAGGGUCUGCCCGAUGGGCCUGUCUCAUGGUCAAUGCUUUGCAUAUCUUUUGGAUUGCUACCAUGGCCUCCAGAGGGAGGGUGCAUGGCGAGUUGAGAUCCUGACGUGAUCCCCAGCAACAGAUGGACACAGCUGAUGCUCCUGCAGAGCUGGUGAAGGUCCCUCAGGGUUUUUGGGUUGUCUUUGAUAGUGAACUGCUGAGGUACGAUGGUCCACUCGCCUGUUUGGAGACCAAGGUAGGUCCAGGGGCAGCUGCACUGAAUCUUUUCCAUCGCAAUUUCAAAUCCUCUCUCCUCGAUGGCAUGGAUGGUCUUUUUUGAGCACAAUGUCUAAAUAUGUGUCCAUCUGGGUACAAAUCAAAAUGUUGUCAAUGUAGUGGAGGACAAUGGCAUCUGAAAACUUUGUUCUGAUAGGUGAGAGAAUGUGGGUGACAAACCACUGGCACAAAAAAGGAGAGUUCUUCAUGCCUUAGGGGAGUACCCUCCAGUGGCUCAUCCUGGGAGGUGCCAUCUCUGUCACCCCUCUGAAGAGGGAGGGAUUGGCACCCCUCUGGAUGGAACUCCCUCAUCCUCAUGGAUGCUGCUGGAGCCCAAUGACCCUCAGGCUCUGCCUCCUGGCCUUUGCACACAGGAAAAUGUAAGAUUCCCUUCAAAUGGGACCCCAAACUGCGGUUUACUCCGGAGAGGAGUGACUUUGCCUUGAACGAAGUGGUGCAGCUCAGCUGUACUGGAAGGAUUCCUGAGAAGUUUGCACCAUCUGUCCCACAGAUUCAAUGCAUUUCCAGAGGCGGCCAGAUCCUGUGAAAUGGGACUCCCACCUGCAAGGAGAGAUGCCAGAAGCCCCAGUGGGGCUCACAGCUCCAGUUUAGCCCAAACCAGAGAUUUUACUGGGUCAGUGAAGAGGUGACAGUGAGCUGCUUUGUGAACAAUGCUCCUCCCCUCGCUAUGGUCAGAUGUGCAAACUGGAAGAAUGCUUGGGAGGUGUUGGACAUGUCAGGAACAUGGCAUAGGUUGGCACAGAACUUGAGCUGCACCAAGGCUAAAUGCCAAAAACCUCAGUGGGACACAAGACUUCAGUUUUUGGGGAAAAAACCUGAAUACCCACAGAAUAGGGAAGUGACACUGACCUGUCCUGAAGGCCUUGAGCCUUCCUUCCCCGAGGUCAAAUGCACAAAGGAAAUUCAGAGAGUGACUCCUGGAAAACCAGUCUAUGUGGAUGCCUGGUGGGGCAGGAGCAGCACAGGUGCCUGGACACGCAUUGAGGGGGAUGUCCUGUGUAUGGAAGGAUGCAAAAGGCCCCAGUGUGACUCCAGACUCCAGCUGGCACCAGACCAGGAGAACUAUAAGAAGGAGGAGAAAGUGAUGCUGAGCUGCCCUGAAGGUUUCCAGCCGUCCUUCACCGAGAUCCAAUGUCCGACUCAAUUCCAGUAUGAUGAUCAUUAUGGGACACCUGUGUACAAAGAAUUUUGGCUCGGUAGAGACUCCAGUGGUGCCUGGGUCCCCAUUCUCUCCAGUGUGGACUGCAUUGAAAUUUGCCAAAGGCCCCAGUGGGACUCCAGACUCCAGCUGGCACCAGACCAGGAGAACUAUAAGAAGGAGGAGAAAGUGAUGCUGAGCUGCCCUGAAGGUCUCCAGCCGUCCUUCACCGAGAUCCAAUGUCCGACUCAAUUCCAGUAUGAUGAUCAUUAUGGGACACCUGUGUACAAAGAAUUUUGGCUCGGUAGAGACUCCAGUGGUGCCUGGGUCCCCAUUCUCUCCAGUGUGGACUGCAUUGAAAUUUGCCAAAGGCCCCAGUGGGACUCCAGACUCCAGCUGGCACCAGACCUGGUGAAUUAUAAGAAGAAUGAGAAAGUGAUGCUGAGCUGCCCUGAAGGUUUCCAGCCACCCUGCACUGAAAUUCAGUGUCAGACUCAAUUCCAGUAUGAUAAUGAUUAUGGGACACGUUUGUACAAAGAAUUUUGGCGUGGAAGAGACUCCAGUGGUGCCUGGGUGCCCAUUCUCUCCAGUGUGGACUGCAUUGAAGUGCUCCAGGUUGACCCUAACACCUUUGAGAUUUCCAGAACCAGCAUCCAACUGAAAUGGACCUGCAGGUUCCCUGAUGCCUGCCAGGGCAUGAGGGCCAGGUGCCGCCUGGCAGUGCCUUCCUCCCCUCCCUGUGAGGCUGAGGAGGUGAAUGGAGAGCAGAUGUUACAUGGCCAGGAGGGAACAUUCACCUGCUCCCCUCUGCAGCCCUUCACUGAGUACAAUGUCACCAUCGACUUGCCCCCCAACACAACCCUGUUCUCAUGGUUCUUCAUGACUCAGGAAACAGGGCAGACUGUGGGCCAGUGGCAUUGGAUUGUGAUUGGACUGGUUGUGCUGCUGGCAGACCGCCUUGUGGUUGCAGUCAUCCUGUGGCUUGUGCACUCCAGGAAAAGGAAGUACUUGCCCAGCUAAACUAAGGAGGCUAAUUAAAAAGGUAAAGUGGCUAGGCUGGAGAUCAGGCACUUCAGCCCCAGCCAGGACCAUGGAGACAUCCAGAGCAGUGAGGAGGACGUGAAGAAAAUGGGAAGGAUAAUCCCAGCCCAGUGCUGAUGGCUGCCAUGUACCCUGGCUCUCCUGUGGCUGUGACCAGCACGGGGCUCCCAUGAAAUUCAUCCAAUUCAGCAGGGCAAGAGGAAAACAGAAGGCCCUGGAGGGCUGAGCUUUUUCAUUCCUCAGCCCCUUCAACUCCCAGGGUUUGCUUACUGCUUUUGUAAGGCCUUUCAAUCUGGCUUUCUGUAAUGCUUUUUUUCAGGCUUUGCUUUCAUUUUUGCUUUCCUGGAGGCAGGAUCUGUAUGCCAGAUUUCCCAGUCCCAGAACUUACACAGGCUCAGGUUGGUGGCAUUCUCCUGCUGUCCUCUGGGUUCCCAAUGCUUCUCUCUGUUGAUAUUCAGCCAAACCCAGGGCUUUGCUUGGCCUGCCUGGACUGCUUUGUGACUCUGCCUGUUCUGUCUGGACAACAAAUAAAGGCUUAUGGAUUGGAGGGGCUGCCUGGCCCACACAA